CUAGUAGCAAAUGCAUAUAUGUAUUAUAGUUAUAUAUAUAUUUUUGAAUUGAUCAUGGUGUCGUCAUCUUACAAUACUACUUUGACUUUUGACAUAUGUGCCUCUCUUUGUUUGAUAGAGUUGUAACUUUUAAAAAACUAUAUUGAACGGUAACGACAAGAGGUUAUGAUAGAUAAGAACAUACGAUAAAUUUUAUCGAGAAUUUCCUCGACUCGUUAAGAUUAGUCCACUAAAGUAAAAACGUAGUAUGUUUCAACACACGAUGUCUUGGUUUUUUGGCAAAAAGAAACAUCAGAAGGAAUCACCAGUUGAAUCGACUGAAGAUCUUACAUCUACUAGCAUAGAAAAUGAAUUUGUAAAUAUUGAAAGACAAAUGUAUCCUGUACCUCCAAAUUCUCAGGAUGGAAUACCUUAUCCUGGUGGUGGCCUAUAUCCACUUAUAAAUGACGCUUCAACUUAUCCUACACUACCUACAAAUUCAACUAAACAAAAUCAGCAAGGGGAUAUGCAACAUUAUUUAAGUGGAGUACCAUUCAAAUUAUGUAAACAGUUGGAGAGUAAUAUGAAUGAUUUUGAGAUUGAUAGGUUACGUGCAAAUGAAAUUUUAUCUUUUAUCCAAAGAAUAGAGGAGCAAAAUUUAGAUUAUGAUUUUUCACAUGAAAAGAGUGUCAUUACGGAAAUGAAUAGCACUAAUGAUGAGUAAUCAAUAAAUGUUAUCUAAAUAUUUAUAGGCAAAAAGCGAUUUUGUUUUCUAAAUAUAUAAAACAGAUAAAAUAUCGUUUAUCUAUUAUUACAUAUGUUAUAAUGAAUUUUGAUAUUUCAAUAUUGUUUAGAGAAUACACGUUAACUUAAAAGUAAUUGCUUUACCUAUUUUUUUUUUUUCUUUUGUAUAUUUAUUGCUUAUAUGUAAUUAUGAUGUAAUACUUUGUGAAUUUGGAAUAGAUAAAUUUCCAGGUAUAUGGCUCUAUUAAAUAUAAUUAAAAUAGUUUUAGUUAGUGACAAUGUAUAUCUUAGGAAAUGUUGACAGAAAAAGUAUUAACAUAUUAAUCAUAUGUUUAAACCAUAUUUCUGCUGCCAAGCUUGCAAUGUAUAAUGAUACUUAUAUUUCCUUACGUGCUCAGGAAGAAACUUGUAGGCAGAUACAUGACACAAACUGUGCACAAGGACAUAUUCUUGAUAUUUAAUAGUUAUAUAAACAGCAUGUGUGUCAUUGUAAAUAUUGUUUACAAGUUGUAUAUUUAUCAUUGUUGAUGAUGAUUAAAUGCCAUUACUUAAUGUAAUCAAAUACAUAUAAAAUAUUAAAAAAUUAUUUUAAAAUAAACUAUUAGCUUGUUGCAAAGAAUUUAAUUAUUAACCGUAAUAUUAGAUAAAAAGGAAUAUUUUGAGAAAAGUGUUAAGUAUUAACAUUUUAACAUUUAACUUACUGCAGUCAUAAAACUUUUUUAGAAAUAAAUAUUAUACAUACAUAUUUACACAUAUUACUUUUUUGUAGUUUGAUAUUAAUUAUUUGCGAGUGUACUAAAAAAUGUAAUAAAAGAAUUACAAAUCCUUAUUCACAAUUCUGGCAUUCCUAUAAAAUUCUAUAUAUAACAAAAUUACUAACAUUUAUUGUUAUUUAUCAAUAUUAUUGCAAUUAUAAUUAUAAAUAUAAAUUAUAAAUUAAAAACCAUAUCAAGAAUCAUUAUAAUGAUGACAAGUAUAAAAAAUGGCAACCAAUUUUUGAGAAAACCAUAAAAACUGUAAUAAUAAAAAUAGUUUAUUAAAAUUUAUGAAUUGAAUAAUAUCUAUUACUAUUAUUAAUGGUAUUUAAAUAUUUAAUACUCACUUUACAUAUUUUCCUUUUACCAAAAUAAAAGCUGCUAGUUUUACCAUGUUCCAGUUUGUAGAAUUAUCAUAAGCCAUUAAGUUUAAAGCUUUUGCAACAUGUGAGUGACAAUUAUCGAAGAAUAAAUUAUGCUAAAAAAUCGAUUAAAUGUAAUUUGAUAAUAAACAAUAAAGGAGACUGAUGAAUUUA